AGAGUCUGAGGCCCGGCGGCCGAGAGCAGCACGCCAGCGGAAACCACACACUGCUCCUGGAGCCCGGAGCUGAUGGAACACUAAGGUGCUGCUGCUGCUGCUGCAAACCGGAGAGGAAAUGGUCAGAGUGGCUCUGUCGUCAUUGAUGAGAGUGGAGAAAGUGAGUGAACCGGUGAGAGCUCGAGGAAGGACGGGGAGAGAGAGAGAGGCACAGUGAGAGCGAGAAGCAGGAAAGAAAGCGACACAGGUGGAGGAAGAGAGGAAAGGAGACUCAGGGGACGGAAAGUUUGAAAAAGGACACAGAAAGAGAGAAACAUUGAGAUAAAGAGAGGACAGUGGCAGUGCUGCGACAAGGUGUGAGAAGUGAGCGUGGACCAUGGUUACAUCCAGAAGCAGCCUGCAGUCUGAUGGAUGGCCGGCAUCAUCAUCUCCAGCGACACUGAUGACCAAAAACACCCUGCAGACCAACUACUCCACCAGCGGGGACUCCACCACCAGCCUGGUUCAAACCACCAGCUCACACAGUGCAGGUUCGGGACCCACCCGCUACCUAUGGCUGCUCCUGCCCGUGAUCCUGGUGUCGGGGAUCCUCGCCUUCCUCGCCAUGUACACCCUGAGGAAGAGGAGGAAAGGCCGGAAAGGAGGAUCGGUGGCGUGGCAGCAAAGAUCAGGCGCGGAAGGCAGGCAACUGAUGGUGAAGGUUCUGCCCCCGCUGCAGGAUGCGGCUCCCAGGCGAGGAGACAGCAGGGAGUUAAUGAAAGCACGGCAACCAGCCCGAGCAGCCACCCUGCAGCGGGCCCACUUCACAGUGCAGGACCUGUCGCUGCUCGAGGUGCUCAAGGUGGGGCAGCUGGGCCGCAUCUACCGGGCCAAGAUCACCAGGGGCAACUGCAGGGGUCACCGGCUGGUGACCUGCAAACUCACCAUGAGGACCGUGUCCCAGAAGAAGCUGCAGUCGGAAAUCAACAUCAUGAAGAAACUCGGGUACCACAAGAACGUGAUCCAACUGCUGGAGUGGAACGUACUGGAAGAGCCGUACAUACUGAUCAUGGAACACGUGGGAACCCAGAACCUGAAGAGCUUCCUACAGAGCCACAGGUCAGAGCUGUGCAGCUGCAAGGACCUGCCGACCCAGCUGACCAUGGCCGGUUACUUCAUCUCGCUGGGCAUGGAACACAUCGCCUCCAAAAAGAUAGCUCACCGGGACUUGGCUGCAAGGAACAUCCUGGUUGGUCGCUUUCCCCAGGAGUGUAAAAUUGCCGAAUUCAGCCUGGCCGCCGAUGUGUCCUUUCCCGGAGCAACCAGGCAGAAGAAAGGGAACGGGAAUUUGAGCAUCCCGUUCCGGUGGUACCCCCCGGAAUACUUCAAGGACGGGGUUUACAACCUGCAGGGAGACGUCUGGGCUUUCGGCAUCUUGCUCUGGGAGCUGCAUAGUUUGGGGAGCUCGCCCUACCCGGAGUUCGAGACGGCAAAGGAGGUUGUGUACAACGUCUGUUUCGGAUACAAGAUGAAGGCCCCCCUGGGCUGUCGACAAGAAGUGUACGAGGUGAUGGAGUACUGCUGGACACACGGGCACGAGGAGAGGCCCAUAUUCAGCGACAUCACCAAAUACCUGGAGGCUGUGGUGGAGAACGAUGCGGACUACAUUCAGGUGGAGGACUGCUUUGAGCAGCACGUGCCGCUGAGCUGCUCCCCUCCCUGGACCCAGCGUGAGGACAAGACCCACGUCAGUGGCUGGCUCGACUCAGUCUGAGGCAGCCCCGGCGGUGGGGGUGGGUCAGGGCUCGACUGCCCCACCCUCCCGCACCGAAGUCUUGAUCGCUAUCGUGGCCUGGAGGGAGCCUGGUGGAAGGAGGCUGAGUGAUUUGGCAAUUGUGUCCCUGUGAGGGUCCCUGGCUGUGAACUGUGACCCUUGGAGUGAUCCUGGCCAUGAACUGUGACCCUGGCCUUCUACUAUGAUUUGGGGAGUGAUCCUGGCCAUCCUGUGCGACCCUGUCUGCGGCCUAUGACCCUGAGAAUGUUUCUUGCCUUGAACUGUGACCCUGGCCAAGAACUGGGAUUCUACGAGUGAUACUGGCCAUGCUGUGCGGCCUUGAACUGUGAGCCUGUGGGUGACCCUGGCUCUGAACUGGCAUGUUGCUGGUCAUCGUGCUGUUGGGAGUGGGUCUGUGACCCACCGCCAGUGAGCGUCCCGCCACACACUUGAUGUGGUCGGGCUGACUGUCAGAGUCUGACUCUGCCGUGUUACGUUGUGUAAAACUGUGUGAAAGCUGGAAUAAAACACAAAUCUGACUGAUUUAUUCUCUUGUCAGCUGGUCUGAUGUUACUGCUAUGAAAACAACAACUUGCAUUAGUAUCGUGAUUGCAACAGAAUGACCAAAUGUUUUUGCCAGCAGUGUGCUCAGGGAGAAAUUUCAAUGUACAUUCCAUACUCCAGCACAGGAGGCCAUUCAGCCCAUGCUGUCUGUUAACAGAGCAAUCCUCACUUCCCUUUAUCAUAAGACAUAGAAAGAGUACAGUACAUUAGGGAACAGGCCGUUCAGCUCACUUUGUCCAAUCCACACAUGCCAACAUAAACUAAUCUCCUCUAACUGCACGUGAUCCCUAUCCUCCAUUCUCUGCAUUUCCAUGUGCCUAACCAAAGGCCUCUUAAAUGUCACUAUUGUACCUGCUGCCACCACCAUUACCAGCAGGCACCCACUAAUUUUUGGCUUAAAAACUUACCCCACACAUCUCCUUUAAACUUUCUCCCUCUCCAUUUAAAGCUAUACCCUUCAGUAUUUUAUAUCAUUAUCCAUCAUUAAUCUAUUGACUGGAUGACAUUGUUUCAACAGCUUCUUCGCUCGACAGUCCUGGCCCCACUCGAUGAGUGUUAUUCCUGUUGUCAUGGGCCAUGUCUUCAUGGUCUUCCCUUCCACCACCCAUUCUGCAACUUAAAAUUUCUCUCUCCUUCCCAGUCUGGGUGAAGGGGUUUUGACCCAAAACGUUCUCUUUCUGCAGAUGCAACCUGACCCUGUGAGCAUUUUCAGCGUUUUUGUUAUUAUUUGGUAAUAACAGAUAGGGCUGAAGGAGACUGACAGGAUGGGUGAGUGGGUAAUGUGUGAGCGGGUUCAGGGUGGGGCUGCUAUGUACUCCCCAUGCAUGGACUCGAGGUUCUCAAUACCACCCCCAGUACCUCACGACUUGAACAGACAUGGGGCAGUGA